CGAGCAUGUCACUUAGUAGUGUAGUAAGGAUAUUCAUCUUGUACAUGCUGAGCAUGUCACCCCAAGUACAAUAUCAAUAGUCUUUCAUUUGUACAUGUUGAGCAUGUCAGACCACGAUAUAACACCAUAAGCCUUCGAUUCAUACAUGCUGAGCAUGUUACUUCUAAAUUUCCCAAUCAAGAUCAUUUGUUGAUGCUCAUCAUGUCUCUUAUAUUACUACCCCUCAUUUUUAACUCAAUCAUUAAUUUGCUCCAGCAUGUAAUUUUAUAUUAUUAACCCAAUGUUGUUCAUCUUUUAGGAACUCCAACAGUCCAACCCAGUAGCUACACCGCAGAGGACAUGCCGCCGCCGUGCCGGAGUGAUUCGCCGCCGCCCCGGAAACACUGACCGCCACUUCCUCCGAGACCUGACUGCCGCUGCCCUGGAGAAAUUGAAUAUCGCUGGUUUGAGGAAGGUCGCCAUAGCUCUGAGAAAUAGAACCGCCGGCCUAUUGAACCGCCAGAACGGCCCGCCGACUGUGCCUUGCUGCUACGCCCUGUCACCGGCCGGAAUCUCUGGCGCCGUUGUCUUCCUUUGUCGACUCCAGGCCAAGGCCAGAGAGAGCCGCAGACCAAGGUCGGAAAAAGUCGCAGCCCUUCUUCCAUUCCGCGAGUGGUUGACGAGGUCGAUAGUUCGACGCAACACCGCACGCCGCCACUACUGACCACCGCCAUCUCCCUUCGUUCCUGGUCCGCUCCAUCGCCGGUCUGGUCGGUCUUCAUCUCAGUCGCCCCGCUGCUGCGCGAAGCUUUCUGCCGAGCAGUUCAGUCCGCCCCAGGAAGGUAAACUCCAUUCCUUAUCCUAUUUUGACUUUUGUUUUUAAUUUUGACCUCUCUUUUCAAUUUAGCUUUGUCAUUUCGUUUUUUGUUUCUCUUAUUUUCUUUUUUGAAAUGUUAGAACUUAGAUGAUGAUAUUCCUCUUCCUUUACCUUUUUUUGUAGGCAACUAGCCAACGAUUUUUUAUUUAUUUAAUUAAUUAAUGAUUUUUCAAUUUUUUUUUUGUAAUUAGCUGCUGAUUCCUUUUUUUCAGUAAUUAGCUGCUGAAAUGUACUACCUCCGUUCUUAAAUAAAUGCAACAUAUGAAAUUUUAUACUAUUCACAUGGUCUACUCUGACUACAUUUUAUUUAUUAAUUUAUGAAUAUAUUUUUAUGAUAAACAAAUAUUGUUAAAUUUGUCUCAUUGUAAAUUUUCAAUAUCUAAUUUUUUUAAAAACUUUUUUACUAAUAUAGAUUUAUAGUAGUAUAUAUUAAUGGUCAAAGUUGUGUCUCGGUAAGUGUGAAAUGUUGACCGUUGCAUUUUAAAAACGGAGAAAGUAUUUUAUUUUUAAUUUUGCUAAUUUCUAUUUAUUUGUAUUUUAGCUGUCAAUAUCUUAUGGAUGUACUGGACUCCAUAGACUUAAGCGAACUUUCGGAACCGGUUAGUGGAACGGCUUUGGAAAAUGUACCUUGGAUAUAUGAUAAUUCUGACAUUGAGGUAGCUAGUCCAGAAUCUCCAAUAGUUGACUUGGUGAGACUGAAAAAAUGUCGCCCUCGUGGGCUAUACGUUCCUUUAGAUGCGACUCACAUUGAAUCAAUGAAUCAUGCAAAUCACGACUUUCAUUUUCUGAGUUUGAAAGAUAUCGGGGACUUUUCCGGUCCGAUGUUACCGUGGUUAUCCCGAACCGAGAUGACAUAGUCACUGAGCCCCCUGAGGGUGAUUUUUUCGGGAUACAUACCCUCUCCGUGAGGCUAGGAUUUAGGCUCCCCGUGCAUCCUUUCAUCACUGAGUUCCUAUGUGAGCUUGAGAUUCCUCCGUGCCAGCUCACCCCAUUUGGUCACCAGUACCUGGUGGCAUUUUUGGCCCGAUGUAAGGAGAUCGAGGUUAAGCCGUCUCUAGAUCUUUUUAAGCACCUGUUUAAGGUUGGUCAAUGCUCCCGAGCUAAUAGUCUGUCAUGGGUAUCUAUUUCCCAACGUGCCCACCUUGACGCGUGGAAAGUUUCGCACAGUAAAAUCAGUAAUUGGAAGGAAGAAUUCAUCUUUGUGUCUACCGGACAUGCUCUCCCCUUCCCCACAGUUUUCAGCCCUCAUUAUAAGAAGUUUGCGUGUCUCACUCUUCCCGCCGAUCAAGAGUUUUGGCCGGAAAAGUUCUUAGCGGGUGGACCGUUUAGCAUUUCUACAUAUACUACCGAGGACCAUUUGAGCAGACUUGGUUUCCUCACCUCGGGCUUGUGCUCACCAUCGGACAUCCUCGCCCCCCUUUCUUUAGGCCCAGGUAUGACGUCCCGUGCGGAGAGGUUCAAGAAGAUGAAUGGAGAAGGGUCACAUGCGUCCGCUCAAGACCCACCGAGCAAGAAACAAAAGGCCAUACUACCCGCCUCGCAAGGUGAAGGUGUCUCGUCCCCUUCUAUGCCCAUUACCAACGACCCGGUUACCAAAGAGACACGGCGCAUCACCCGGAGCACUAGUGGUGCUCGUGAUGUCAUGCUCAAGGAAGGACUGAAGAGUGUGGCUGAUGGACCGUUGGAGGAUGAUUGUCUCCAUGUCGCAGCAGAGGUAACCACUCAUUUUCCUUCAUAGCAUUGCAUGUAUAACAAUCAUAAGUAUGUGACUAAUAAUAUAUACUCCCUCCGUCCCAAUAUAAAAGGCACAUUUGCGUUUGGGGAGUUUUUAAGGGUGAACACUGUUUGAACACUGUUUGACACUGUUUAGACACUGUUCGGCACUGUUUGGACACUGUUUGGCACUGUUUUGCACUGUUUUGUUUGCCAAAAAGGGAAAUGUGCCUUUUAUAUUGGGACGGACCGAAAAGGAAAGUGUGUCUUUUAAAUUGGGACGGAGGGAGUAUUAUAUAAUUUUUUUUGUAGCUUGUGUUGAAGAUCUCCGGGAAGAAUCGUCAGCAUGUUGUGCGCGAGCAAGAGCUAUUAACGUUGCUUUCUGAAGAGCGGGCUGCCCAUAAGAGAUUGAUGAGCGAAGUGAUUGAAGCUCACACGGUCAGGGAGGCACAGGAGAGGGAUGCUCACGCUGCCGAGUUAACCAAGGUCUGCGCUGAGCGGGAACACUACAUUGAUUCCCACCUAGAAGAGAUCGCUGAACGUUGGCUUAAAACUCCCGCCAGCGUCGAUAGACUUGACAAAGACGGUUUACUGUGCUACAAUUUGGGGUAAUAUACCAAACAACAGGAAAUUUAUGCUGUUUUGAAGGCCAAGCACGGCGCCUCAUGCAUUGUCGAUUGGGGGCUUCCUUUUGAGAUUCCUAACCCAGAGCCUGAGAAUGUCAACUCUUCUUCCAGAGUCGUUCCCUUGGGCGAGCUCCCUAGGGGUGAAGAUACUGAUCACCCCAUAACUUCCGAAGAAGUAGCAAUGCUGGGGCUUUAGCUUGAGCGAUCCCCUCUUUGACCAUCUAUGCCUUGGAGAGUGUUAGAGUUAGACUACCAUAACGUGGUCUGCAUGUUCUUUUUCUUUAAUACCUAAUUUGUUAGACCGUUUUUUGAUUU